ACGCGGAUGCCCGGCAGAGUGGAGCUCUUUCGUAUGACAGCCAUUCUCCUGUACUACAAUGUCGCCGCCAAGUCACUGCCAGGUGUGGACCUGAACGAUCCGUCACUGGCUACGGACGAGUUUUGGCAGCGCUAUUACGCACGGCUGUCGGAGCAGCAGCGGCCACUGGAGAACAACAGCUGGGUGGAUGUCACGGUGCAGAGCGGCGACAGGGCGGCGCUCAGCUGCCGGGUCAAACUCCUCGGAUCACGACCGAUUUCGUGGAUCCGUCGGCGUGACUUUCACGUACUAACCUCUCGAUCGACGGUGUUCACGAAUGACGCUAGAUUCAGCGUGCAGCACCGCUCCGGGCCCGUCGAGGACUGGGCGCUCUCCGUGAGUCCCGUGACAGCCUCGGACAGCGGCGUCUACGAGUGUCAGGUCUCCACGGGCCAGGGCACGCUCUCCCAGCUGGUGAACAUGACGGUGGUGCAGCCGGCGGCCAGGAUACUGGGCGCCGAGGUGCACAGGAUCGAGGAGGGAUCCGACGUCACCAUCCUCUGCGUAAUUGACCAGGCCGUGUCGGACGUGGGAGCCAUUCAGUGGUGGCGCGACAACCGAUCCCUGGCAGACUCCGAGCGCGUCAGUCUCCAGUCGUCGACCAGUCCGACGCCGGCGCGCAGUCCGCGGUCACAGCUGCACGUGCGGCGCGCUACGUUCCUCGACAGUGGCCUGUACACGUGCGGCGGUCCGCACGUUCAGGCUGACUCGGUCCAGGUCAUGGUCACAGAAGGUGACAAGAUUGCUGCUAUCCAGAGGAGGGGCGGAGCAGGCUCGGUCUCCCGACCUCCGACCCUGCUGGUGUCGCUGCUGGCGGUGGUCCCCCUGCUCACCGCCAGUCCCGUGACCCGGUGAUGGCCACCGGAAACACCCACUUCCGGUCCGACAGUGACCUGACCCAGCGGCGGCUGACCUGCCCAGAGGUCACACGGGGCGGGGCAUGAACCGACAGGUCAGAUACAGGUCAUUUGGGAUGUUGGGUACCUGAUCUGACACUAUACGGCUGGUCUGAUGGAGACAAAAAGCUCCAGUUCCGGCCGAAAGUGCGGCGAGGAGUCUCACCGCUCGAUGUGCUGGGCGUCGUGGGCUUACAUACGUGUCAUGUCUGAGUGCCGUGGUGACGUGCCAGACCUAGUUUUGACACACUGUGAUACUAAUCUUCGAGACCACUCACUGUAGCAUGCGACGUGUAUGUAUGCUGCUCGUAGAUCUUCAAAUAGUGGCAUUGUCGUGUGAGAUGUACGUACUUAUGAAGAGUGAAUAUUAACCCGCGCCGGGCCGGUGCUCGAUUCCGCGCUGGGCCGGGGGAGGGGGGUGUCUGUACACCCCCUUCUUACUCCGCUCGUGGGCCACGUAGCGACACGCGGUAAGCGGCAAUCGAAAGAACGUCCAAAAUAAGGACAAAAAUACUUCGGUCAUUUUUAGGUCAGGUCAAAGGUCAGAUCACCAGAGGUCACCAAAGGUAAAAUGUUGACUAUUUAAACAUUUGGAAACUGCCCACGGCUAUCUCGGGAACCAAUAGAGCUACGGCGCCGCAGAAAAGCGCAUUCGAUAGCCCUUUUACAGACCUUUCUGAGAGAUGUUCUCAGAUUUGACGUCAGGUGAACGGUUUAGCCUCCAGAGGGCAAAAACUCCAAAAAUAGCUGUUUUUACGAAAAGCGUUUUUUCGGCAAUAACUUUUGACUCAAAAGAGUCAUGGCAUUACUUUUGCCAGCAUCGUGUUCCUCUCGUUGAGACGCGUCGAAUGAACUAUAAUUUGACCUUGAAAGGUCAACUUGCAAAUUUGACCUCAGGUCAAGACCAUGACCUGACCGGAAAAGGUCAUGUUGCAUGUCAGUCGAUCCGCAACGUCGAGCCGAACACUUCUAGGGCGUUUUCAGCGCUCUAGCACGCCUCUAUCAGAAGUUAUUAGCGGAAAACUGUUAGAUUCUGUUCGUGACCUGAGAUAACCUCGGGGACAUAACGAGGGGUCACAGUUGCCAUUUUCCGGUUCAGUGUGUCAAUUGUACCUACAUCUCGAUGUUUGAGAGUGUCUAGAAUAGCGUUCGUGCAAAACAGACGCUUUUCAAUUUUCUCCCAUUGACUUAUAAUGGAGAGGCCGCAAAAUUGACCUGACCUUAGGUCACCGAUAUCAAAAUUCCGAGAUACACAUUUUAUAGAUAAUGCUGCUCUAAUCAAUCGCUGAAAGUUUUAAGGCAAUCGAUCAGUCGGUGUAGCUAUGACCAGCGUUCUUAUUUUUUUCUGAGGUGAGGUCACUUGUCGUGACCUGGUGACCUGGCCUAAGGCGACCUGGAUCUGAAAUUUUUACAACAUGUGUGAAAAAGAUGCACGAACAGGUGUGCAAAAAACAGUGGCGCUCCGCGCCGCCGUUUUUGAGAUAUCUGCGAAAAACCACAGGGGGGGUGUUCAAACACCCCCCCCGGCCCGGCGCGGGUUAACUCUUGCUUAUUUUACGACUGUGGAUGUUUUACUAUCAACAGGGAUAAGGCAAGUACUUACAAUAAGCUCAAUACGGUCGCUACGUUAUUUUCUUCCAAUUAUUUAACAAAAGAUCUACCAAUUAUCAUGGGUGUUUGCUAAAGCUAUGUGCUGAUCUUGCGUACAAUAAUCAUAGUGACAAUGUCAUACAAUGUUCAACUAUACGAGGCCAUCACCCUCGCCGCCGCUGGCGCCUCAUACGCAGUUCACACAGCUGGAGCGGCGCGCGGCAGUCGUCCGUUCCACGUCCAUACCAGCUGUCGUCCGGCCGGCUCAAUUCCGCCAGACGAGAAUACAUUCUCGGCAAAUCUGACCAUAAAGCUCGCUCUGCUAGCGGCUGAACUCCUCCCAGUGGUGGUGCGUCUCCGCGCGACUCGUUCUGCCCCAGUGAGGUGGUCUAUAUUCCGGCCACGGGUAACGGCCGUGUAACCUCUGUCUCUAGCGGGUAUGCGGUGUCUCGGGAAACGGCGGCGUGACGCGGCAGUGGUGAUAACAUCGCCGCGGAAAUGGACAAGCUGACACGGAUCGGGACGAUUGUCGGCUCUCGCAGAGUCCGGGUCAUGCCGGCUCGAUCUGGUGACAAUGAGUGGCGCAGCUGGACGUAAUGAAACUCAUCAGCGCCCCCGGCCGCUCCUCAGGCCGUCAGCCCGGCGCGGGACGGCUGCAUUACGUUCUGUGUCGCGGGAGCUCCUCGCACGCAUCGCUUGUGGUGAUGUGUGGGAUUGUUCGUGAGCGGGGCUGUUCCGUGCGUGUGUGAUUGUUCCGUGCGUAUGUGAUUGUUCCGUGUGAGAGGAAUUGCUCCGUACGUCAGCAGGGCCGCCAGUGACAAAUGUGCGACUGCUAGCCGGCGAAGUUCUGCGCUGCUAAGAUGUUACAGUGUUUCUGCGUCAGUGGAAUGCUGAAUGAUUGCUGAAGUUAUGGAAAUGAAUUUCGCUGUGGUCGUGUGGAUUUGGUGCUCAUAUACUCAAAUG